CGCGCCCGGCCCGCACCAUGGCGGGCAUCGCAGCCAAGCUGGUGAAGGACCGCGAGGCGGCCGAGGGGCUGGGGUCGCACGAGCGAGCCAUCAAGUACCUCAACCAGGACUACGAGGCGCUGCGGAACGAGUGCCUGGAGGCCGGGGCGCUCUUCCAGGACCCCUCCUUCCCCGCCCUCCCGUCCUCCCUCGGCUUCAAGGAGUUGGGACCUUACUCGAGCAAAACUCGGGGCAUCGAGUGGAAGCGCCCUACGGAGAUCUGCGCCGAUCCCCAGUUUAUUGUUGGAGGAGCUACCCGCACAGACAUCUGCCAAGGAGCCCUGGGUGACUGCUGGCUGCUGGCAGCCAUUGCCUCCCUCACUUUGAAUGAAGAAAUCCUGGCCCGAGUUGUCCCCUUAGACCAGAGUUUCCAGGAAAACUAUGCUGGGAUCUUCCGCUUCCAGUUCUGGCAGUAUGGUGAGUGGGUGGAGGUGGUGGUGGAUGACCGGCUGCCCACCAAAGACGGGGAGCUGCUCUUCGUGCAUUCAGCCGAGGGGAGUGAAUUCUGGAGUGCCCUGCUGGAGAAAGCCUAUGCCAAGAUCAAUGGGUGCUAUGAAGCCCUCUCAGGGGGCGCCACCACCGAGGGUUUCGAGGACUUCACAGGUGGCAUUGCUGAGUGGUACGAGCUGAAGAACCCUCCUCCCAACCUGUUCAAGAUCAUCCAGAAGGCGCUGCAGAAAGGCUCUCUCCUUGGCUGCUCUAUCGAUAUCACCAGUGCUGCAGAUUCGGAGGCUGUCACGUACCAGAAGCUGGUGAAGGGGCACGCAUACUCGGUCACCGGAGCUGAGGAGGUUGAAAGUGGAGGGAGCCUGCAGAAACUGAUCCGCAUCCGAAAUCCCUGGGGAGAAGUCGAGUGGACCGGGAAGUGGAAUGACAACUGCCCAAACUGGAACACUGUUGACCCGGAGGUGAGGGAAAGGCUGACCCGACGACAUGAAGAUGGAGAGUUCUGGAUGUCUUUUGGUGACUUCCUUCGACACUAUUCCCGCCUGGAAAUCUGCAACCUGACUCCCGACACCCUCACCAGUGACAGCUACAAGAAAUGGAAGCUCACCAAGAUGGAUGGGAACUGGAGGCGAGGCUCCACUGCAGGGGGCUGCAGGAACUACCCCAACACCUUCUGGAUGAACCCUCAGUAUGUGAUCAAGCUGGAGGAGGAGGAUGAGGACCAGGAGGAUGGGGAGAGCGGCUGUACCUUCCUGGUGGGCCUCAUCCAGAAGCACCGGCGGCGGCAGAGAAAGAUGGGCGAGGACAUGCACACCAUUGGCUUUGGCAUCUAUGAGGUUCCAGAGGAGCUGAUUGGACAAACCAACAUCCACCUGGGCAAAAACUUUUUCCUCACCACUCGCGCAAGGGAGCGGUCUGACACAUUCAUCAACCUCCGAGAGGUUCUCAAUCGCUUCAAGCUGCCCCCAGGAGAGUACAUCCUCGUGCCUUCUACCUUUGAACCCCACAAAGACGGGGACUUCUGCAUCCGUGUCUUCUCAGAGAAGAAGGCUGACUACCAAGCUGUUGAUGAUGAAAUUGAGGCCAACGUUGAAGAGAUUGAUGUCAACGAGGAGGACAUUGAUGAUGGCUUCAGGCGGCUGUUCGCUCAGCUGGCAGGGGAGGAUGCAGAGAUCUCUGCCUUUGAGCUGCAGACCAUCCUUAGAAGAGUUCUAGCAAAACGCCAAGAUAUCAAGUCAGAUGGCUUCAGUAUUGAGACCUGCAAAAUCAUGGUGGACAUGCUAGAUGAGGAUGGGAGUGGCAAGCUGGGGCUGAAAGAGUUCUACAUUCUCUGGACAAAGAUUCAGAAAUACCAAAAAAUUUACCGAGAUAUCGACGUUGACAGGUCUGGCACCAUGAAUUCCUAUGAGAUGAGGAAAGCGUUAGAAGAAGCAGGUUUCAAGCUGCCUUGUCAGCUCCACCAAGUCAUUGUGGCUCGCUUUGCAGAUGACCAGCUCAUCAUUGAUUUUGAUAAUUUUGUUCGGUGUUUGGUUCGACUGGAAAUACUAUUCAAGAUAUUUAAGCAGCUGGAUCCUGAGGACACAGGAACAAUAGAGCUCGACCUUAUCUCUUGGCUCUGUUUUUCAGUACUUUGAAGUUGUAAUUAAUCUGCCAGAAAACUUCUUGUGAAAGAAAAUUGGCCACGGACUAAACAACACUUUGUAUCCGGACCUUGAAGUUAUGGGAACAUUCACCUAAACUUAUUAUAGCUGAAAAUAAUACUAUUUGAGAUAGCAAGACUUUCACAUAUCAAAGUAAAGGAGUUGCCUAUUAUUAUACUAAACAUAAAUGAAAUGUAUAACCCUGGUAAGCUCAAAGAAAGCUUUAAGUCUGUAAAUAGUAUACACUUUCUACUUUUACACACUUUCCUGUUCAUAGCAAUAUUAAACCAGGAUGAAAUGCAGGGAAGUAUUUAACAGCUGAGCAGGAAUUAAGUCAAUCUCAAAGACCACAAGGUCCUUUCUGGGAAUAUUUAAACCAAUUUUAACUUUAAAAAUGUACUGUGCCACCUACCACACAGAAAUCCAGGGACUGCCAUUUCCCUUGAGCAAACUGGGAAAUAGGAUCCACUGUGUAGUAGUCUUAUCAAGACAUUUUCAGAGUCCAGGAACUAGAAUGGUGGUGUACACCUGUAAUCCCAGAAUCCAGGAAGGUAAGACAGGAGGAGUAUGAGUUCAAGUUCAGCCUCGGCUAUCUAGCCAAUUCAGUGGCAGCCUGGACUACCUAGGAAGAUCCUGUCUGA